AUGGAGGAGUAUACUGUGACAGUUGCUACAGGCACAUCAGAGUAUUCAGGCACCAAUAACUACAUCUACAUUACUCUUAUGGGAGAGAAUGGAAACAGUGAGCGAACAAUACUGGAUAACCCUGGACUGGACUUUUGUAGAGGAGCGGUGAGUAUGGCAGCACUGUGUGUGUGUGUGUGUGUGUGUGUGUGCAUUCAUGCUCCCAACCCUCCUCUCUCACACAAAAGGAUCAGUAUAAAUUCUCUCUCGCUCCCUCCCUCCCCUCCAGGUGGAUGAAUACAAGGUGUGUAGCCCGGCUCCUCUGGGUCGUGUCAUCUUGGUGCGUCUGGAGAAACAGAGGUACUGGGUAGAGGAUAACUGGUUCUGUCUCUAUGUCACUGUGGCGCCACCAGGAGGUGGGACAGCCCUCACCUUCCCCUGUAACCGCUGGCUCAUAGGAAACGUCAAGGUGGAGCUACAAGAAGGCACAGGUAAAUGGUAAAAGAAAGAGGUUGCCUUUCAAGAUACUGAUCUCAAGUCAGUUUUGUGAUAAAGGUUGGGUUUUGGGGUGAGAAAGCUGAUCCUAGAUUUGGUCAAACAAAGGUUGAAGGUCAAAUAGAGGUUAGAGAAGGAUGUACAUGCGAGUGAGUCAUCUCUCUCUGUCUCUCUCUCUCUCUCUCUCUCUCUCCUCUGUCUCUCUCUCUCUCUCUCUGGUCGCUCUGUCUCUCUCUCGCCUCUUCUGUCUCUAUCUCUCUAUCUCUCUGGUCUCUCCUCUCCUGGUCUCUCUCUCUCUCUCUCUGUCCUCUCUCUCUCUCUCUUUCUCUCUGUCGUCUCUCUGUCUCUCUCUCUUCUCUCUCUGUCCUCUGUUCUCUCUCUCUCUCUCUCUUCUCUCUUCUCCUCUCUCUCUCUCUCUCUCUCUCUUCUCUAUCUCUCUCAUCUCUCUCUGUCUCUCUCUCUCCUCUCUCGCUCUCGUCUGCUCUCUCUCUAUCUCGCUCUCUGUCUCAUCUCUCUCUCGGCGCUUCUCUCGCUCUCUCUCUUCGCUUCUCUCAUCUUCUCUCUCUCUUGCUCUCUUUUCUCUCUCUCUUCUCUCUCUGUCUCUCUCUCUCUACUCUGUCUCUCUCUGUCUCUCUCUCUCUCUCUCUUCUUCUCUCUCUCUUGUCUCUCUCUCUCGCUCUCUCUCUCUCGCUCCUCCUCUCUCCUCUGUCUCUCUCUUGCUCUCUCUUUCUCUCUGUCUCUCUCGCUCUCCUCUCUAUCUCUCCUCCUUCAGCAAAGAGACUCAGAGACGACACCUCUCCUCAGCUUUUGGCUCACAGAAAAGCAGAACUGCAGGAGAGACAGAGGAUAUACAGGUCAGACAUAGAGGAGAGACCAAUGACAGAACAACCCCAUCCAGUGUGACAGAAGACUACGAAACACACAUUUGCACACAACUUCUACAUCCCUCAGCUAUCCAGUUUCCUUACGUUUAUGUUGUUUUUUUUUUACAGAGUCAUGGGUCGGAUCCAGUACAUCCAGAAAGCAGAUCCAGGGCGUUCGACAAUAGAGGGACGACUUUUGAGGCCACACACUGUAGCCAUACAACAUCAUACAGAUCCCCCCAGCAAACGAGCCAAGUUUACCAUGUUGGUUUCAAUGCUAAAAUGGGUUAGGGUACUGGUUCCUCAGUUUAUCCAAGAAGAGGCAGUUAUAAAUGUCGCUUGAAUGGAUUAGAGGAGCGGACUUGAAGGAGCUCCAACACAGCGGAGCCAUACAUACAUACAGACAAAAAGACCCCACCCCCACACGCCCAAGGGCAAAUGAAGUUCCCAAUGCUAAUAAGAGCUUCUCAUUUUAGAGAAAAUAGGUUGAAAAUGGAUGGGAUGAAGGACCUCAACUAACAGGAAAACCAAGAAAAAGGAAAACAUAGAAGACAUAAUAAAAGAAAAGAAAGAUAAGGAAAGAAAAGAUUAAAAAUGAAGGAAGAAAGAGAGAAAAACGGUCCCCCACCUCCUUCCCCUCCUCCCCUCCCCCUCCACCCGUCUCUCUCCCCUCUCCACCCCACCCCCUCCCCUCCCCCCCUCCCUCCCCCUCUCCCCCCUCUCUCAGUCUUCUAGAGCUGUCUCUGAAGAAGCUAGCCAUCAGGUUCGGGAAGUCAUGGGACGAUCUGGAUGACUUCAAACGAUGCUUCUGGAAACUCAGGAGCCCCAUAGCUGGUAUAGUACAGUGGCACAGAAAUACACUAUGGAAUAGAGCAUUAUGGGUACUGUGGUAUGUCAUGCUACAGGUACACUACUUGGCCAAAGUAUUCAACCCGCCCGCCCUUCAGCCACACAAUAUUUAUGAGUCAACCCGCGCAUCACUACAGAGAAUGUCACUGCCAAUAGAAUGCCUAUAGGUACUUAUCUCAGUGGGAGGCCUUUCCCUCUCUUGUUAGAACAAAAGCAGUAUCGGCGAUGUGCCGACCCAGUAGUGAUGAACCUGCUGUUUCUACUUAUACACUACAUGGCCAAAUUAGUGGAUUCUGAUAUUUUAGCCACACCCGUUGCUGACAGGUGUACAACAUCGAGCAUACGGCCAUGCAAUCUCCAUAGACAAACAUUGGCAGUAGAAUGGCCCAUACUGAAGAGCUCAGUGACUUUCAACGUGGCACAGUCAUUGGAUGCCACCUUUCCAUCAAGUCAGUUCGUAAAAUUUCUGCCCUGCUAGAGUUGCCCCGGUCAACUGUAAGUGCUGUUGUUGUGAAGUGUACAGAAAUGGUUUGUCGAGAUCGGUGUGCAAGAACUUGACUGGCCUGCACAGAGCCCUGACCUUAACCCCAUCAAACACCUUUGGGAUGAAUUGGAACACCCAACAUCAGUGCCCCGACCUCACUAAUGCUAUUGUGGCUGAAUGGAAGCAAGUCCCACUAGCAAUGUUCCAACAUCUAGUGGAAAACCUUCCCAGAAGAGUGGAGGCUGUUAUAGCAGCAAAGGGGGGGAUCAACUCCGUAUUAACGCCCAUGAUUUUGGAAUGAGAUGUUAGACGAGCAGGCGUCCACAUACUAGUAUAUUAACGUUAGAGGUGCUAUUGCUCAUAGAGUAUAGGCCAACACUUUUUAUAGCUGUCUCUUCCUGUUUCAUUGGGGAAGUGAGGCCUCUUGAGUAAUGCAACACCAGUGUGUGUAACUGAGUCAGUAUUUAGUAUUUUAAAUAUUUGAUUAAACAAUUGUUUCUCCUUCAAUAUAUAUUCCAUUAUUAAUAUUCUCACAUUACAGAUGUAGGAUCUUAAUUUGAUCACUCUUUUGUUGCUUAGAAUUUUUCUGCACAGCAGUAAAUGCAAACUUGUAGCGUAUUCAAGGUUUAAAAAAGUCUUCUAAAGUUCGGUCUAUUCCACUUUAAAAUGUCAGACUUGAUUUGCCCUAAUUAAAAAUGUAUCAACCCCUACAAAACAUUUCCAUGAAUUAUAGUCCACAUAAUAAUUCACAUUUCCUGUUGCUGCAGGAUUAUUUUCCUGCUGUAGCAAACUGGUCAAAUGAAGAUCCUACAUCUGUAUGUAUAAGCCUUCUCUGUCUUUACCAUUAUAUAUUAAUGGAGAUUGGUAUAUUAAGAAUGGUUUAUUCAGACAGUACUUUUUUAUUUUGUGAUUGAUUGAUUGAUUGAUUAAUUGAUUCUCCCUAUGGUUCCAGAGUACUGUAUGGAGCACUGGAAGGAAGAUUGGUUCUUCGGGUACCAGUGUCUGAACGGUUCAAACCCCAGAAUGAUCCAGCGCUGCAAGGAGCUUCCGGGAAACUUCCCUGUCUCUGGAGACAUGGUGCAGGGUUCGCUGACCCCCAGGACCACCCUGGAGAAGGAACUCAAGGUGGGGCCCCUCUGUCUCUCUGUCUGUGUCCCAAAUGGCACCCUAUACUAACCCUAACUCUAAUCCUAGCUUCAUGUCCAUAUCCUGGUUCAAGCCUUAACCCUAGCCUCAAUCCUAACUCUACCCUCAACCCUAACUCUACCCUCAACCCUAACUCUACCCUCAAACCUAACCCUAGCCUCAACCAUAACCCUAUUCUCAACCCUAACCCUAGCCUCAACCGUAACCCUAGCCUCAACCAUAACCCUAUUCUCAACCCUAACCCCAACCCUAACCCUAGCCUCAACCAUAACCCUAGACUCAACCAUAACCCUACCCUCAACCCUAACCCUAGUCUCAACCCUAACCCUAGCCUCAACCGCCUCUACAUAUUUUCUGCUCUCUCUAGGCGGGUAACAUCUACUUGGUAGACUAUGCCAUCAUGGAUGGUGUUCCUACCAACGUAAUCAGAGGGAAACAACAGUACAUCGCUGCUCCUCUCUGUCUGCUGUAUGAACACCCAGACCAGGGACUCAUACCCAUCGCCAUACAGGUAGGGCUGGACACACACACACAAACACAAACACACACACACUGAGUAUACAAAACAUUAUAAAUAAUAAUAAUAUGCCAUUUAGCAGACACUUUUAUCCAAAGCGACUUACAGUCAUGCGUGCAUACAUUUUUGUGUAUGGGUGGUCCCGGGGAUCGAACCCACUAUCUUGGCGUUACAAGCGCCGUGCUCUACCAGCUGAGCUACAGAGGACCUUUUUGCCCUCAGCACAGACUCAAUUCGUUGUGAGCAUGCUCCCAACGAGGAUAGUAAACCCCUAAACACAGACACGUUAUCUUCUCCCUCCUCUUCCCCAGCUAGGGCAGACUCCUGGCUUGGAGUCUCCCAUCUUCCUGCCCAAAGACCCGCCCCUGGCCUGGCUAUUGGCCAAGAUCUGGGUGCGUCACUCAGAGUUCCAGGUGUUCCAGCUCCUGUCCCACCUGUUGAGAACUCACCUGGUGGUGGAGGUGUUCUGUGUGGCUACGCUACGACAGCUACCUGCAGUCCAUCCAGUCUAUAAGGUAGGGAGCUGUGUGUGUGGGUUGGAGUGGAGUGUGCUGCUGUCUAACCCCUCUCUCCGUCUCUACUGUGGCUCCUGGGGGGUUGGAGUGGUGUGUGCUGCUGUCUAACCCCUCUCUCCGUCUCUACUGUGGCUCCUGGGGGGUUGGAGUGGUGUGUGCUGCUGUCUAACCCCUCUCUCCGUCUCUACUGUGGUCUCUGGGGGGUUGGAGUGGUGUGUGCUGCUGUCUAACCCCUCUCUCCGUCUCUACUGUGGCUCCUGGGGGGUUGGAGUGGUGUGUGCUGCUUGUCCUAACCCCUCUCUCCGUCUCUACUGUGGCUCCUGGGGGGUUGGAGUGGUGUUGUGCUGCUUGUCCUAACCCCUCUCUCCGUCUCUACUGUGGCUCCUGGGGGGUUGGAGUGGUGUGUGCUGCUGUCUAACCCCUCUCUCCGUCUCUACUGUGGCUCCUGGGGGGUUUGGAGUGGUGUGUGCUGCUGUCUAACCCCUCUCUCCGUCUCUACUGUGGCUCCUGGGGGGUUGGAGUGGUGUGUGCUGCUGUCUAACCCCUCUCUCCGUCUCUACUGUGGCUCCUGGGGGGUUGGAGUGGUGUGUGCUGCUGCCUAACCCCUCUCUCCGUCUCUACUGUGGCUCCUGGGGGGUUGGAGUGGAGUGUGCUGCUGCCUAACCCCUCUCUCCGUCUCUACUGUGGCUCCUGGGGGGUUGGAGUGGAGUGUGCUGCUGCCUAACCCCUCUCUCCGUCUCUACUGUGGCUCCUGGGGGGUUGGAGUGGAGUGUGCUGCUGUCUAACCCCUCUCUCCGUCUCUACUGUAGCUCCUGGCUCCUCACCUGCGCUACACUCUGGAGAUCAACUGCAGGGGGCGCACUCAGCUCCUCUCAGCCGACGGCAUCUUCAAAAGGGUAUGUCAGCCUUACCAUUCUAUUCCUUGUUUACAUUUUACCGGACGCUUACAGUAGUGAGUGCAUACAUUUUCGUACUGGUCCCCCAUGGGAAUCAAACCCACAACCCUGGAGUUGCAAGCGCCAUGCUCUACCAACUGAGCCACACAGGACCCCAGUGUCUUGAGGGCCCAACUGACCCUAUAUUGUUGUAAAUAAUAAUAAUAAUAAUAUGCCAUUUAGCAGACGCUUUUAUCCAAAGCGACUUACAGUCAUUGUAUUGAUGCAGCAACAAAGAAACAGUUUUUGAAUGUGGUCAAAAACAUAGAAUAGUUUUGGAAUAGACAAGAGUAUGUAGUUUGUAUAAUUUAUGAUGAUGAAGUUCUCUUCCUCCAGGUGGUGUCUACAGGAGGGGAAGGCCUUCUGGUCCUAGCCCAGAAUGAGUACAAGGUCCUGACCUACCGCUCUCUCCAGCCCUAUUGGGACUUCCAACAGCGUGGAGCCACCAAGCUCAGAAAAUACUUCUACCGAGAGUACAGCCUGAUGCUGUGGGACGCCAUACACAGGUAUAAUACCCAUGGUCACUUCUUUAUGACCACAGAGACAUGGUUUAUAAGGUUGCAGUAGGAAAGCAAGGAGGGGACGUGGUCUUCAGGCCUGAAAUCUGGAUAUGUAAAGAUACACAUCGGGAAAAUAAGCUAUUUAACUAUUUUUCUCUUUUAUUUCCUUGAAUUAGCCUUUUCCCUUUUAUUCUCCCUCUUUAUUUCUACCUCACUGUUUGUUUCCCUUUUUCUGAUCUCCCUCCCUCUCUCUUUCUCCCCCCCCCCUCCUCAAUUCAAUUCAAUUUCAAUUUAAGGGCUUUAUUGGCAUGGGAAACGUAUGUUAACAUUGCCAAAGCAAGUGAAGUAGAUAAUAAACAAAAGCGAAAUAAACAAUACAAAUUAACUGUAAACUUUACCUCUCUCGCUCCCUCCAUCCCCCUCCCUCUCUCUCUCACUCUCCCUCCCUCCCCCUCUCUCUCCCUCCCUCCCUCCCCCUCUCUCUCCCUACCUACCUCUCUACCCAGUUUUGUCUCAGGGAUUGUGUCAUUGUACUACCAUAAUGACAGGGAUGUAACAGAGGAUACUGAGCUGCAGGCCUGGAUAAAGGACAUCGCUGAGGAGGGCUUCGUUGAUGUGCCCAAAUUUGGUCAGUCAUCCACCACUACCCCCACCUCCUCAGACUCAGGACUCAAUUCAACCCGUAAGCGUGGAAGAUCUGCAUUGUAGCGCGGUUGACAUUUAAAGGCAACGUUACCGUGUUUGUGGAGACUGCAUUCUCGGUAAACGCUGCAAUAUGUCGCACAAUCCGAAAUUACCUUUAAAUGUCAACCGUGCUGCAACGCAGAUCUUCCACGCUACAGAUUGACCCUUAGUUGAUCAUGAUGAUUUAGUACUGGGUAAUACUGACUAAUGUUUUCUUCUCUUCCUCAGGUCUGUCCAGGGAACUACACAACAAAACAGAACUGGUCACAUUGCUGAGUGUAGCCAUCUUCACAAGCUCAGCACAGCAUGCAGCCACCAACAAUGGACAGGUACUGUACACACAGUCUUGUACAGCUAACCUUGUGGGGACACACAAUUCAGUCCCAUUCAAAAUCAUAUUUUCCCUAACCCUAAACCUAACCCUAACCUGUACUCUUACCUUAACCCUAACCUUAACGCUAACCCUUACCCUAAACCUAACCCUAGCUCCUAACCCUAAAACUAACCCUAGCUCCUAACCCUAACCCUUAACGUAAUUCUAACACUAAUUCUAACCUUAACCCUAAACCACCUAGAAUUAGCAUUUGACCUCGUGGGGACUAACAAAAUGUUCCCAGUUGGUAAAAUUUUUGUUCAUGAACUAUUCUUGUGGGGACUUCGGUCCCCACAAGAAUAGUUAAACACGUCCACCCCCCCCCCCCCCCCCCCCAUUAACUUACUCAUCUCUCUCUAACAUAGUUUGACUGGUGUGCGUGGGUCCCCAACACCCCGUGUACAAUGCGUCACCCUCCCCCGACCGACAAGGACUCUGUUACCAUGGAGUUGAUCAUGGACACCCUCCCAGACGUCAGCCAAACAUGUUUGGAGAUGGCGAUCACAUGGCACCUGGGUCGACCACAACCGGACGCAGUAAGUUAAAACAACAGUGGGUCACAUUUAUAGCAUGAAAUGGGAUGAAACUGAAUGCAACGCUCAUCUCCCACCUCCUUUCAUGUUUGUUUCCCACCUUUGGUUAUAAACAUAGAUGGGUAAACUCUGAUCUCCGGGCGCAGUGAAAAAAAAGAACACUCCCUAUACUUUCAAUUAUAAAAUAAAACCAGAGAGAUUCAUAUAGCUAAAUGUAAAUAUUUCCAGCUAGGAUUCUUCCCUUCUCCAUUUUGUCUUUUCUCUCUAGUCUCGGAAUUCCCAGACGUAGGGCAACAGCACAUUGGUACAUCUGUAGAUAGGCCCAAACUGACCCUAUACGCUCUCUUUCUUUCUCUCCCUCCUUCUCCUCCUCUCUCCCUCCUUCAGGUCCCAUUGGGUCAGUACCGGGAGCAGUACUUCACAGAGCCCCAGGCCCAGGAG